CAACAGCUACUCCGUUACAUGGCACUAGAACAGACAGUCUCAACAAAUGAGGAAAGAGGAAGUAUGGCACAGUGGGAUCAGCCUUAGAAAGUAUGAAACAAAAUGAUUACUAAAGCUCCCACCUUCAAGCGCUUUGACUUCUGGAUGUUAAAUCUUUAAUGAGGGAUUCCAGCUGAAAAUGCACAAUUCUCUGCUGAGUCAUCUGAAUUCAAGCUUUUAGCAUAUUUUGUCCUGUCCUGAGUCACCUAAGCUUUCUCAGUCUUUUGUACGGUGUGACGGCAUUCUGCAGUAUCAUCCUGACUUUAUUAUGAAAGCAAGAUAAGGGUGAUUUGUACAUGUCAUAUGAAGGUUUUAUGGGACUUACCUUGGUGACCUGACACUGAAGUCCAGGAAGAAGAGAUGGCAGGUUAAAGGUUGGUGGUUUUUGCUCUUAGAGGAUCAGCCUUCAUUUCAGUUAAAAUGAAAAUUUCAGUCAGAGGGAUUUGUAUCAUAUUUUCCUUAUUUCUAAAUGCCCAGCCGUCUUCAGCUUCAAUUUCUGAUGUAAGGAUCGUACAGGAGACAUCAGCACCAGCCAUUGAUAAAGGCCUUUUCAAGCUGAUCUGUAAAGCAGAAGGCACUGUGAACUCAAGGCUCUGGCUCAAGGACAGCCGGUUCCUUUCCACCAGCAGCAGGCUAAUCUUUUCCAAGAACAAUGAGACUGUGUCUUUCUCUCCAGUGCUGCAGUCAGAUGAGGCUUCCUACCAGUGUGCUGCAUCUGACACAAACAGCAGUGUGACGAGUGCCAAGUACAGGCUAAAUAUUAAAUAUGGCCCACAACAAGUUUCCAUCACCGGACCAGACUGUGUUGCCGUAGGCCAGUUGGUCACAUUCACAUGCUCUGCACUCUGUCACCCAGUCUGUGAGUAUAAGUGGUACCUCAAUGGAAGAGAGAAGGCCAUGGGUGAAAGUUACAUCAUUGGACAAGCCAGGCCUGUUGAUGGAGGCAGGUACACAUGUGUGGCCAGCAACAAGAUGACCAGUCAGACAAGAGAUGUCAUUAAGAACCUCUCUGUAAUCGAGCAGUCAGAGACACCAGCAUCAGAACUGUCCUCUUCCCAGAUGUCCAUCAUUGUUACGGUUGUUCUUGGCAUUCUCGUGGUCAGUGCACUUGUGCUCACUUACCACGGCUAUAAACGUAAAUGGAAAAGGAAACGGAACUCACAGAAAAACAGAGCAAAUCCAGUUGUCUCUGGCACCAAUACAUCAUUUACUAAAAUAAAUGAGGACAGUGGGCAUUUCACAUCCAAGAACUACCCUACUGCAAGAAAUCCAGCAUGGAACAAGACGAAAGAUGCAACUCAAUGGAAGUUACUGUAUGAACAUAAACUUGUGAAAAACAUAAUGAUUUUCAUUGAGCCUAUUUCAAAUAGCUUUUAAAUGGCUUCUGUAAUAUAGAUUGACCACCACUGACAAAGAUGAAAAAUGGAACAACACCAUUCCAAAAAGCUUAUUAUAAAAAUAUAUGAAAGAAAACAUCACAUUCACAUGACUUAUUCUAUGUUUGCUUGUCCCAUUAGGUGCUUUCCUGCCUUGAACUAAGCGAUCAUUUCAGCUCACACUGGUAGGAAAAUUGAGAGAAUUCCGCCAUUAAUAUAUUGUAUUGUAACAUUAAAUCUAGAAUCUUAGUAUGUUCUUCUGUUUAGAAAUCCAUAGAAAUUAAAUAAAAGUUACUAUCAAGUGGCAAACUAGACAAAAAUACUGUCAACCUCCAAAAAUGUAUAUAUUGAAACCUUAUUUAAAGUACAUUAUGUUUAAAUAAUUAAAAUGACAGUAAUAAAUCUUG